AUUGCAGUGUCUGGUACCUUUUAUUACGGUCAAAGGGACACCAUUGUGGACAUUGAUAAAGCUUUCCAUGAUAGCAAAAUUGUGCCUGAUAUUAUUGAUACAAGCCCAAAGGAACUGGUCAAGGUUACUUACCCGGGAAAUAUAAGCAUAGAACUAGGCACUGAAAUUACCCCUGCUCAGUCAAACACGGAACCACAUUUAACAUGGACUACCAAACAAUCUGCCUAUUAUACGAUAGCGAUGGUUGACCCUGAUGCAAGUACGCGUAGUAUAAAACAUUGGUUAGUCAUGAACGUAGCGGGUGACCAGGUAUCCGGUGGUCAUAUCGUUACCGGUUAUUCAGGUCCACACCCGCCAGAGGGCACUGGUCUACACCGUAAU